CGGCGCGCCGCCACCAUGGCCUCGCCGCGCGCCUCGCGGGGGCCGCCGCCGCUGCUGCUCUUGCUGCUCCUGCUGCCGGCCGCCCCCGGGACAAGGGGCCGGACGCCCUCCCCGGCCCGCGGCGGCCCCGAGAGCGAGCCGCCGCCGCCCACGCCUCCCGGCCCCGGCCAGGCAGGCCCCGCGCCGGGCGCCGCGACGCGGCCGGGACCCUCGGGCCGAGCGCCCCGAGGCGGGAGUGCGGCUCCUAUAAGGAAUCACUGGUCAGAAAAUAACACUGAGCCCCACACAGAAAACAUCGCCUUUGAUCAGAAUCAAGUGGACUUCUCAACAGUGGUCUCCAAAGAGGAUGUGGUGGAUCAGACCCCAGGAAACAGCCAGCCUUCUUCAAAUGUUCCAGAAGACUUUACUCCACAAACUGAACCAGCAAAUGCUAGAGGAAGAAGUGGCUCUCUAAGGAGAGCAGAUUUCACCAUUUCCCCUGUUGGGCCUGAGGAAGCAACAGCCCUAACUUCUCAGGGUGUCACUUCAGCCUUGGGAAAGCGUCACCUGCUAUCCAGUAAUUCAGGGUUAGAAGGAAGAACUGCCCCUUCUCACAUGGAGAGCAUGACAUCCCAGGGUCCCCUAAUGAGGAGGAAGGGGCUUCCAGAAGAAGUGACUGUGCACACCCAAGUGGCUGCCACUUCGGGGCUGAGCCAGUCCUCUCUUCCGGCUUUGGAGGUGGGAGAAGAGACCAUCCCUUCCAGGAGAAGCUCCUUGGAACCAGAGCCCUCCUGGCUGCCUUCCUCCAGGACCCUGGCUUUCUCCCUGCCCUCAGACCAUUCCGCAGCUUCUGGAAGUGUGGAGGAGCUGAGCAGCCCCACUGCUCUCCGGAGCCCGUCUGUCAGUGAGUUGAACCAUCUGCAUGCCGCCACCACGGUCCCUCGUGGGGUCCCAAGAAUGCUUCAGUCUUUAGCUGUCAGCUUGGGGCCUCUAAAUGAGGCACAGAGUUUCAUGAAGGACUCUGAAAUUGCCACGACCUCUGUGUCAGUUCAUUCUUUGCCCUCUGAGGCAGAAUUGGGAAGAAACAGUGAAGUAAUUGGGAGUGUGGGGGAUGGAGAAUUCGAGCCAUCCACAGAAAAUGGAUUUGGCCUUACAUCUCCCAAGGUUGCAGUGGGAUUUUGGCAACAUGAUUCCCCAACCUUGGGAGGACACCAGCUGGCCAGCAGCUCAGAUGCAGAGAAUGCAAGUCCCAUGUCUCACACUGAGGCUGUGUCAAGGUCAGUCCCAUCGGUCAAGGGUGGAGAGGACACAGCGCGCUGGGUCUUGACCAACAGCGAGGCAUUCACAGAUGUGACAGAAAGCUCUAGUUCCUAUCCUGAUGUUGGGAACACUUCAGUUUUGACCCAGUUCUCAGCCUCUGCCCCACAGUCCAGAGGAAGUGACACAGCGCUGGGUGAUAGGAGUUACUCUGAGCUGGCCACCGAGUCUCUGUCAUCAUCUUCCUCCGAAAGCCUGGAUGCCUCAGCGCCACGUGGUGAACGCUCGACCACUGAAGACAGUCCGGAGCGCCGUGUCAGUGCCGUUGCAGGGGAGGCCCCUUCCCGGCGGACGCAGGCCGGAGCUCUCAGCGCACACACCUCCGCCGCCGCCGCACCUGGGACGGUCGCGGGGACUGGGGAGCUCGCGCUGCGGUCUCUCUCCAACGCGAGCACGACUUUGGGGGCGGCGGGGCGCUCUGCGACAGCGCCCAGGGAAGCAGAGAGCGCCACACCGCGCGGGAACGGGACCGGGGCCGCCUCUGCCACCGCGCCAGCCGCCGCCCACCCGGGCACAGGGUCGCUGGCUGCCUCGCAUACCCUCGGAGUCACUGGAAUUAGCCAUGAUCAAGUGAGUGGCACAGAUAUUGACCAAAGGACUUCCAGCGACCGCACGGACCACACCUAUGUGACCUCUGCUAUCACCAAAGGAGAACGGGCUUUACUGUCCAUUGCAGACAACAGCUCGUCCUGGGACAUAAGGGAGAAUUCCACCUCUUCAGUUAAGAUCUCAAACUCUUCACAUUCCAACUACUCUUUCUUUUCUCCAGCUCAGACUGAAAGAAGUAAUGUUUCAUCCUAUGAAGCGGAACACGCUCAGCCUUCCACUGAGUCGCUGGUGCUGCAUGCAGCCAACCCUCCAUCCUACACCCCUGCCAUGAAUACAUCAGACACUACAGCUUUUUUGGAUGUGGACGCUGGGUGGGCUGGUGGUGCGUCUUCUUUGGGGCCCCCUUUGCCUCCACCUUCAGUGUCACAGUCCCACCAGAUAUUCUCAUCAAUCUUAGCCACAACCAGGGCCUCUGCUCAUGCAAUGCAGUCCAGCCCUGAUGCACCCACAUCUUUGUCUUCCUCACCACCACCUCUACCAGUAUCCCUGACAGCUUCCACCCCUUCCUCACUGUCUACUGCCCAAACAACUGUACCGCCUUCACCUUCUACCCUGGCCAUGCCCAGGGCAAAGGACUCUCCUGUGAUGUCAGUUUGGACGUCGACAGUGGCCUUAUCCACGGCAGCGCUCCCCAUAAGUCAGACAGCAGAUCCUGAGAAUCAGAGCAGCACACGCCCUGAGAAAGUUGUUACGGAACUGAAGCCGCCGAACCUGGAGUCUCUGCCCACAGAGGCCACUGAAGCUGUGACAGCGAGGUCUACUUCACGGUUCCCUAUGCCCACAGCCCUAAGAGAGGCUUCUGCUGAGCCAGCCCUUCCAGCCACGGGCGCCAGCGUAGCCCAAAUGUCUCCAGCUUUGACAACCACUGCUCUCAAGACCUCUCAGCCCCCCAUGACCACUCCAAGCCCCCCGACAAGCAUAGCAGCUCUGAUGGCAGACUCCACACCAGUACAGACAACAGCUGAAAAGCAGCUCUUCCCAACUAGGCCUGAAAUUCUAGCCCCACAAAUCUCAACAGAAGGUGCUGUCACCACAAAAAGGAGCCGAGUCCACGUAGAUGCCAGCACCCGACUGAUCCCUCUGACUAGUGUGCCCACCACAAGGCUUGGCAUUACAGAAGAGCACAGCCCCGCUUCCCAUUUCCUCAGAACAUCCUCUGCCCAAAGCACAGGUGUUCCUACAGCAGAAGCAGUGACUCCUAAGUCUACCACCCUCACAGCUCAGAGCAGCACGGAGCCACCGACAGAGCUGUCCCCUCCAGCCUCAGGUAGCACACACUCACACAAGCACACUGGUUGCUCAGGAUCCAUGUGGCUGCGUGGCAGUGUCCAGUAUUUGCAAUAUUGCUGGUACGAAGGAAGUAAAACCACCCAGUGCCAUCUGUCUCUCAGUAAGUGCUUGCUGCACUGGGUUGUGAUUUUUCUGUCUGCCAUAAAUUUACAAUGGCUUUGUGUUUUCUCCUCUGCAGAUGUGAAUGAAUGCCUCUUGAACCCCUGCCCACCCCUGGCCAUGUGCAACAAUACUCAGGGAUCCUUCACCUGCAAAUGCCCAGUUGGAUACCAGUUGGAAAAAGGAAUAUGCAAUUUGGUUAGAACCUUCGUGACAGAGUUUAAAUUAAAGAAAACAUUUCUUAACACCACUGUGGAAAAACAUUCAGACCUACACGAAGUUGAAAAUGAGAUCACCAAAACAUUAAAUAUGUGUUUUUCAAUGUUACCUGGUUAUACCCGAUCUGCAGUUCAAGUGUCUAGGGAGUCUAGCACGGUGGUCCUGUCACUGCAAACCACUUUUUCCUUGGCUUCCAACGUGACACUGUUUGACCUGGCUGACGGGAUACAGAAAUGUGUCAACUCCUGCAGGUCCUCUGCUGAGGUCUGCCAGCUCUUGGGAUCUCAGAGGCGGAUCUUUAGAGCGGGCAGCUUGUGUAAGCGGAAGACUCCAGAAUGUGACAAAGAAACGUCCAUCUGCACUGACCUGGACGGCGUGGCUCUGUGCCAGUGCAAGUCAGGCUACUUUCAGUUCAACAAGAUGGAUCACUCCUGCCGAGCAUGUGAAGACGGAUAUAGGCUUGAAAAUGAAACUUGUAUGAGUUGUCCGUUUGGCCUCGGAGGUCUCAACUGCGGAAACCCCUAUCAGCUCAUCACCGUGGUGAUCGCUGCGGCCGGAGGCGGACUGCUGCUGGUGCUGGGCGUUGCUCUAAUUGUUACCUGCUGCCGAAAGAAUAAAAAUGACAUAAGCAAACUCAUCUUCAAAAGUGGGGAUUUCCAAAUGUCCCCAUAUGCUGAGUAUCCCAAGAACCCUCGCUCACAAGAAUGGGGCCGAGAAGCUAUUGAAAUGCAUGAGAAUGGAAGUACCAAAAACCUCCUCCAGAUGACAGAUGUGUGUUACUUGCCCACAGGUGUAAGGAAUCCUGAACUUGAACGAAAUGGACUCUACCCAGCCUACACUGGAUUGCCGGGAUCACGGCAUUCUUGCAUUUUCCCUGGACAGUAUAACCCAUCUUUCAUCAGUGAUGAGAGUAGGAGGAGAGACUAUUUUUAAAGUGCUGAAGAGAGAGGGGCCCACUGCUCUGAGCGAGUUACCCAGGACCUCAGUGGCUCAGGGCAGCGCCAGAGGGGGGCACCGCACACUGGCUGCCCCCAGGACUUGUAGAGCCACAGCUGAGUGGCAAGCAGAAAGUGGGGCAGGCGUGAGGGUUGUGACCACAGUGGAAGGGGACAGAUGGAACCUGUGAGCGUGGAACUGCAGGCUGCUCGGUCAGCCCCUUUGCUGUUACUGUGAAUGUGAGCAUGGGCCAGGGCCGGGAGAGUCUCUGAGUGGUGGCAGCCUGGCCCUGCCGCCUGCUAGGCCAGGUCAUUGGGCAUCACUACAAGGACCCAGGUUUUCCUUAGUUUGCACUUUAGUAAAUUGGGGAGGUAGGCAGUCUCCUUUUGGAUUCUUUUCAAGACUGUUCCAGAAAGGGGGCUUCUUCCUCAGCCACUUCCACAGGCCUCAAUUUGGCGAUACAUUUACAGGAAAAUACCAGCUCUUUAGUUUUUCUGCCCAAUACCUAUGUGCUAAACAGACACUGAGGAUGAUGAACAUACCACUAAGGCUUGGAGAUGCUGUAGUUAAUGUACAGUAUUUUAAUCUAUUUCUAGGUCUACAGUUUCCAAGCCAACCCCCAAAAUGAAGAAUUGAAAUUUGUGAGGCACAGCACACAACUGCAGUUUGUUUUGGAGUCAAGGUGACACAUUUAUUUAAGAUUAUUUUUCCCUUUUGCAGUUAAAUCUCACUUUUUCAAAUAAGCCUGGAUCAGGGUAAAAUAACUAACAUUGGGUUUUAAUUAAAAACAUCAGGCUGCUGCCCUUAGUGAGGCCCAGCAGGCAGCCACCAGCAGGGAUGCAGGACAAGGCCCCGGAGGAAGAUUUACAGAGCCACCUAUGGGCAGUGGGUUUCACCCCUGAGACCGUGGUCUGGUCCUAGAACUCUGACCUGUGUCUUUGAGGCCGAGGCUGCUGAGUAUAGAGUAGAAACAGGGAGCAGGUUGCAGACUGUGUCUGAGCUGGUAUUUUACCACUAGAAGAAAGGCAGCGUGACUAUAGCCCCCAAGCAGAAUGUGGCAGAGUUGCUGGCUGAACAGGUAGGUUCAGCCUCCUGAAACACGAGCGCUUUGAGAAGCUGGGCGGGUUCCUGAGGAAGACCGUGGGGCUGGGGGGGAGCCAUACCUGAGUCUGCUUACCUACUAGGGCAGCAUCUUUGACUGUAUCCCUGACCUCAUCCUCAAACUCAGUGUAAACUUUCAAUCCACCCCUCAAAGCAGUUUAUUCACUGGAGGAAUAACUUCUUUUCUCUCAUCCAGUCAUUUGUUCCUCCUACUGCUCCACAGCCUCCUCCAGAAAUGUGGGGAUAGUUUCAGUCAGGAUUGGGGAACUGAAGACUUCUGGCCAGGGAGGGAGCUGGGAGUUUGCCUUCGGAAGGAAAUGCCACACGUCUUAUUUAUUAUGCCUGUGAUGGGUCCUGCGGGGAGGACAUCUCCAGUGCUCAGUGUCUUUACCUGCUCAUGGAACUGUGAUCAUUCUCAUCACCUGCUUUUGAAACAUCCUGGUUUGGGAUCACAUGAGGAGAACACAGGUGGGACUGUUCCCACCCUGGAGCUUGGGGCUCAAUGGCACCUACGUUUCUGGAAAAGGUGCAGCUUUGGGGGACAGUUCUGUCCUGGGCAUUUUCUUCAGGGCCCUCUAAUCGCUUCAGAAUGUGUCUAAUCCUUAUUCUUAUGUGUCUAAGGUCCUUACAGUUCUAAGUGCAAACUCCUGUGUCCCAGGGUGUCCAGGAGUCACCUCACCCUGCUUCAGCAGGAGCUCAAGUCAGGUGUAAUGCCUCUUAGUAGGCAGAAUGCACUCAUCUCCUGAGGUAGAUACAGAAAGAAUUCUGUUUUUGUCAGUGGGUGUCAGCCUAAAAUUUCAGAGCAUCAUCUUUUUGAAAUUUGGGGUCUUGCAUCUCUCUGUGGAACCCAAGCCUUUGUGCCUCGUGGCCUUGCAUCUAACUGGAGAGCCCCAAGCGCCUGCACUCGGCUCACCUGAGCCAACACGCUGGGCUCCCUGUGAGGUGGCCUUGCUUCCUGGCUCCUGAUGCAGAGCCGUGCUUGUCCCCAGGACGCAGAGCCAUGCUGGGGUGCUAUUCCCAGGCAUGCUCAUCUGCCACCUUCAGCUGCCUUCAAAGAUGAUAAAUCAUCUCCUGCAUCAGGGCCAGAAGCCACAAGCUCCUCAGGGAAGUGCUCUGUCCCAUAAGCAUUCUUGAGAAAAAUCCCAAAGUCCAGAGAAGAGUGUCCUUUGGGUUCCAAGAAUGCUUUCCUGUGAAUGAGUUUUGUGGUUCUCAAGUGGAUAUAGAAUGUUGUUUUUCUUUCACUUUUAAAAAAGGGGGCCCCCUGCACCGUUGUGUUCACAUAGAAUCUGCAAUUUCCCGGAGGAUCUGCAGGUGGGGGACAUGUAUCUCUAGAGCCUGAGGGGCAAAGAGGCCUGAGGAAAACAUGACUGUUGCCCGGUGGCAGGUGCCCAACCUGGUGAGGAAGGGAGAGGCAGCUUCACUUUGGGACUACAGCCCCCAAGGCACCUUGCCUGGGCCAGCAGGAAAUAGCUGGGGCGGCAGCAGCCUCUGGACUGAAGGCAGGGGCAGGGAGCCACCGGCAAGCCGAGCCUUUGGCUCCAACCCUGGAACGUAUGAUCCAUGCACAGAAAUGCCGCAGUCCUACAGCCGGGCCUGCAGCAGGGUGAGGUGGGAGGACGGCAGUGCCAGUAAACCAUCCCCGCGACCACUUCUGUAGGGAAAAGCCAGGCGAAUGUCCUGCAGCAUGCCGGAUGGAGCAUGGGGACUCAGAGCAGGGCAGUCAUCGCCUGCUGGCCUCCCAGCUCCCGGGGGUGCUGUGUAAGCUCCAGGGGGUCUUAUUUCUCGUGUCUUCUCCUUGCUCCAUGAGACAGCCGGGGGCGCUGGAGACAAUUUAGGGAGUUCAAAGAGUCACAACUAGCAUCUCAUGUUCCUCCCAUGGCCAGCCUCUGCAGGGUCCUUGGCCUCCCCAUACUUGAGAGGAGGGCAUGAAUGUGCCCAUUUCUGAGACAGGGGAACCUUCAGGGAGGAUCAGUAUCUUGCCUCAGAGAGCCAGGAUUUGAACCCUUCUGCCUAGCUUGCUCUGCCCACUGUACCUCCUGCCUCAUCUUCCUGGCAGAUGCCUCACCGUCCAGGGUACUUUAAAUGUCAAAGAGGGCAUGACAGAGUGAGCUGAAAUAUGUUUUCUUUAAAAAAAAAAAACCCUAAUAUUAUUAAGCAGUAACUAAACUAAUGACAUGAAGUGCCAAAAAAAAGUGUUGAAUCCCCUUUUGAAAAAGCUCUUACAGGUUUGUUUUUACAUGUACUUCUUGGACACCUGUGGCCAUCAUGAAGCAAAUAGUGGCUGGCUUGUGCUUAGCCGGAAGCGUGCUGGUUUGGUGCUUUGGGUAUAGCGGGUGCAAGGUGCUGACCUGUGUUAUGACCAACACAGCCAGGCUCACACGUCCACAGCUGCUUUGCCUGGUUCCCGAUGUGUGACGUCGUGUUUGCCACAUGUUGGAAGUGUAUUGCUGGGCACAUUUUCAGAGUUGGGAACAUAUUCAGUUGAAUGUCCUGAAUGUUGACAAAUCUUUCUGCUUUGACAAAAGUUUAUUUUCAGAAGCAGCUAAGUCAUUGAGAGCCAAAGGUGCUGAAUGAAUAGUGUAUCAAGCUGGCUGAUAGCAUGUGAGGCCAAAAGUAAGAGGAGAUGAUUAUGAAGUUCUUGAGGAGGUGAUUUUAAAGUUGGUUCAAACAGGAGGGCAGCAUCUUUGCAGUGCAAGGCUGGGUAGCUGUCCAAGGAAAUGUCUGUGAAGGAUGAUACUUAUUCAGGUAUGAAAGCACCUAGAGUAGACCCAUUAGGCUCAUCCCUCGCGUGUGGUGUUUUGGGGCCUCUGUUAAGCCAUCUUGCCCACUGGUGAAGUGCCCUGGUGCCCUGUAACUCUGCGAACUUUGCUAGAGCAGGUAGGGUUGUACUGUCCAGCUGCUCCGGUUUAGUUUAGCCCAGCACACCCCAAAGCAGGGUUUUGACCCAUGGUUCUAAGAUACUUACUUACACCAAUUUUGAAACUAGAGCACUUCUUUGAGAGAGGAAGAAUGCAAAGUUCAGGAUUUCGUAUCUUAUUUAAAACUGUCCUUAGCCUCAGAGAUAUUUUCUCUAGGUGAAAACUUUUGUGGGAAUUAGAAGGCACAUUUCCUGUCCUUCUUGACAAAGUGUCACUCUGGGGUUCUUGUGUGUGUUUUUGGAAACAUUUCCCUUUUCAUAGUGUUGGCUUUUGAGUAUGCGUUCUUUUUCUUUUCUUGAAUCCCCAGAGGAAAAAACUGGUUAAAAUACUAGGAACAUUAAAGUAUUAAGGGCCAAUUAAUUUGAUGUGCUAGGGUAUCUUUUCAAUAGUGUUAUAAUCCAUUCUUUUGGCGUAAAGUGCUCACGGAAAAACCCAUGAAACCGAAGGGGGCAGAUGAGAUCUGAAAAGAGAUCUCAGGCUGGCUCUGUCCCCUUGGCAUUUUGAAAGCAGACGUUUCAAAGGAUUUGCACAUUAGAUUCUGGUUUUAUCAUUUUGUUUCAGAGACGUCUAAAGCACUUCAAGUGCAGAGUUGGUGGGUAGGAAGGAUGGGACUGCACAGGGACAGGCUGGGUCCAUCCUACUUGGGAAACUACCCCAGCUCGCCCUUCCUGUAUUACCUUGCUCUGUUUCUUUUGAAAAGAUCUUUCACAUGGGUUGCUGUGAGUUUUGUUAAUGUUUGUGUUGUAGAUUUACAGUUAAAUGAGGCAUGUGGCUGGAAUAUGAACUUUUUGAGUCUUCACAUUGUCCUGGAUUUCUCUUUGCAAACCUUUAAACCUUAGCCCCUGGUUGAUUGUGUUAAAUCCAUCAUGAGAAUGUUAUUUAAAGUUGUAUUAUUAUUGCAACCUCCACUAAUUAUUCAGUACUGUAGCAGCAAAAUAUUAUUUGUAAGAAUUUGGUUAUUUUUAUACUUAUAUCCACUAUAAGUCUGGCGUUCUAGUCAGUAAAAUGAUGCAAUAAAAUCAAUCUCAUUUUCA